CAGAGCUUGUCACAGAGGAAACUCCCACAGAGUUCUCGACAGUGCUCAUGAGGAGCCGGUUCACAAGAAGGAAGCGAUGGUGACAGACGGGCUGACGAAGGAAAAGCAGUCUUUCAAGGCAGACCCAUUGACAUGUGAGAAAGAAAGAUAAGAAGCAGGCGGAUGUGUGGUGACAUCCCACAACAAGCCCACACUCAAAGCAGAAGUGACUGCAGACUUCUUGAUGAUAUGAACACACAAAGUUCAGUGCGUCUCCUGAGACCCGCUGAGAAAAAAACAAGCUCGUAGCUCUCUCUGUCCCCGGGAAUGAUGCCUCUCUUAUGGGUUGUUCUUUGGUCAGUGCUCCCUCUUGCCCUCCUCUCUGGUCCCGAUCGCUGUGCCGUCCAUGAGAGCAGCAACUCAGAGAAAGUGUCUCCAUUGCUGGAGUCCUUACAGUGCUAUAAUGACUAUAAUUCCUUUGUCCGCUGCAAAUGGAGGAAACACAGAAAUACAUCACUGCAGCUUUGGUUCAGUACAACAAAGAGCAGGAAGCUGUGUGAGCCAGACAGUCCACAAAUUCAAGAUGAGCCUGGGAUGGUCCAGUGCACAUAUAAAACCAAAGCAUUUUCCAUUGGCAUCCAUCACACCGUCUUCUUCCUCAAGAACGAUACGCAGACCAUCUGCUCACCUGUCCAACACAAGCCUCAACAUCUUUCUCAGUACUUGAGAGCACGCCCACCAGUGGACCUGUCCACUCAUGAUACGGGUGAUGGAGGCCGACAACUCAGUUGGUCCAGCCCCUACCCUCCUUCCUCCUCCCUGAACAAAAACCUCACCUACCAGCUCAGCUACAGAACAGACAGACGGGACACCUGGACUACUGAGGACAUCACAAACACCAGUAUGAAACUAGAGAAGCAUCUGUUGCUUCAGGGUCACACGUAUGAAGCCAAGGUGAGGGCCCAGGCCAGCGUGGGCCAGUGGAGCAACUGGAGUCCCAUGGUGACCUGGAAGACUGAAGCAGACACCAGGCAGUUACCCAGUUUGCAUUGUGUGCUUGAUGGAGAGAAGGAAGUGGUAUGCAGCUGGGAGGUGAGCAUGGAGCUGGGUCACUUCAUUACCUACCAGCUGGCCUGCCGAAACAUCAGCACUGCGCUGUCUGAGAGAUGCUGCGUGAACCAAACAGUCACUCCUGAUCCCAGUGGGACGGUGCUGAGGUACAGCUGCCUGACUGUCGCAGACCCAGCACACCUUGAGCUGGAACUCCAACCAGCACACAAAGCCAAGACGUUUGAGGCCUACCGACACAUCCAGCCCCACCCACCAAAGGAUGUAAAAGUGACAGAGAAAGACUACAGCUGGAUGGUGGAAUGGACUGAACGAAGCACAGCCUCAGUACUGAAACUGUAUUAUCAGGUCUGCUACUACAGGACACAGGAUCCCGGAUGUUCUACAGUGCUAAACAUUUCAGAAGGGUCCAAGUCUGUGACCUUCCAGGGAGAGUCUCUGGCCCCGUCUCAGAGGUACCAGGUCAGAGUGAGAUCACUGGUCAUACCUGGAGAAGGUAUGAAGUUCGAGGGAAUCCCCUCUGAAUGGACUGAUCCUGUGGAAUGGACCUCGCACGCAGCCACCUGGUCCCUCACCACAUUAAUAUACGUUCUCAUCAGUGUGCUUGUGGCCACAGUCUUCUUCACAUUCUACUGCUCCAUUCCAGCUUGUCAAAGAAAGGUAGUCCUGUGGGUGGACUCGGUUCCUUCUCCAGGCAAAAGCAAAAUCAUGUCUGAGAUCAAGUCUGCCACCAGUUGGACCCUCAUGCAGACUGAGGACACAUCCAUCUGCAAAGUGCUGCACUUUGACACCAUGUCUACAUGCUCCUCCAAUGCUUCGCUGUGGCCAACCAUGGACACUAACAAAAAGUGUUUGGAGCUGGGCGAGGGCUCCUGGAGCACUGAUGAGUUGUCCAGUCCUGCUGAGAAGGUUAACAGCUAUGACACAUCCUCCUUCAGCUUCAGCGGGCCAUACAUCUUCUGUCAGACACCAGAGCCCAACUGCAAGCCAGUGGUUGUCAAGUAUGAAGAGAAAGAGAAAGAAGAAAAACCCGUACCAGAUGACCCUGCUUCUCCUGUGAAUUUUGCGCUUUACGGAGAUGGUUAUGUGUGUCUACCAAACCGCACCACCUCCAGGUCCACACAGGAUCUCGUCUCGCACAGCGAUGCCAACACAAACACGCAAGGAUAUGACAGCACUGAGCAGGACCAGCAGUGUCCAGAUACCAAGUUGGGGCCAGAAAACACAUACGUCCAGCCUGGCCACAGUGAGACCAUCCUCAGGGACCAACCUCCAGCUUACACCUCUGAACGUUUCAUGCCCUGGCCUCACGGUGGCACCAUUCAGCCCUCUGGGUACUGCCACCUCCCACAGCCUUGAUGAGAUCAGAAAAGUAACCUGCAACAUGCAAGGGAAGAACAUAUCAUAUAAUAUCAAGCAGGACCUGUCAGGCUUUCUCAGCAGAUAUAACAAUUAAUCAAGAGUUUUUUUUCUUGUGUUUUCGUAAGCUUUACAUUUUAUUUCAAACUGCUUAUGCUAACCUGUGACAGAGAAAUACAUGUAUUAAUUUUAUGCUGUUACACAUUAGAAAGGACUCCUUUCUUUAGAAGAGCGUUUUUGCUUGUUUCACUCUUAUCUGACCUGAGAUCACGUUCAAUGUCUGACCAAUAGAGGGCAGUGGUGCAAUGCAAGUGAGGUAUGGACUGCAGUAUGGCACACAAAAUCAUUGUUCCUUAAUUAAGGAUUGUCAGGAUAAAAAAAUAAAAAAUAAAAA